AUGAAGUUUAUUGGAUUCUCAGUUUGGCUUUUGUGCCUCCCGACGCUGGUGGCGUCUUUUUUAGCUCCCGUAGCCAACAAUAAGCCAAAGGUCCUUCAGGCUAAGUCCUUCAAUGAAGACUUGGAAUUGACACGACAAAUCAUUAUGGGUCAUGUUGGUGGAGAUACUACUAGUAGCGCUGAUGUGGAGGCGAGUGCUGAUGUGGAGGAAGAAUCAUCAGCCGCCGUUGUGAGUUAUUCCCUCCCCAACAAGGCCGAUUAUGCCGCCCUGAAAUCUCCUGGAAGACCAGCCAAUGAUUUGAUGAUCCGGGCAGCACUGGGAGAAACGGUUGAAAAGACACCCAUUUGGUUGUUCCGACAAGCAGGAAGGCAUCUGCCAGAAUACCAGGCAUACAAGGAAGAAACUGGACGAAGCUUUUUGGAUUUGUUGGCAUACCCUGAUAGCGUUGCAGAAUGCACUAUGCAACCUCUACGAAGAUACGAUGUUGACGCUGCUAUUCUCUUUUCGGAUAUUCUAGUCAUUGCCGAGGCCCUUGGAAUUGAAGUUACCAUGCCCGGCGGUGUCGGUAUCCUGGUUCCCAAUCCACUUGCCGGACCCGAAGAAGUGGCAACACGAAUCCCUCCUGUGCAAGACAUGACCAAGGCGUAUGUGGAAAAACACUUGGGACAUGUCUUGGAGGCUGUUCGACAGAUCCGAACCAUUAUGGACAAGGAAGGAAAGUCCAUCCCUCUCAUUGGUUUCUCGGCAGCUCCUUGGACUCUACUGUUUUACAUGGUCGGUGGAUCCUCCAAAAAGAAUAACGAGAUUGGCAAAAAAUGGCUCAACGAACACCCGGAAGAGUCACAGGUUCUCCUUCAAACAUUGACCAAGAUUGUCAUUGAAUACAUGUCGGCACAAGUAGAGAAUGGGGCUCACAUGCUACAAGUCUUUGAAGCCAUGGGCAUGAUGAUUGAUGAAGACAACUUUGAAAAGUUUGCGAAACCAUGUCUGGAAGCUAUCCAUAAGGAGCUCAAAACGCGAUUCCCAGACGUCCCUUUGAUGGUCUUUACUCGAGGUGCUGGCUUUGCAAAUGCAGACAUGGCGAAAUUGGGGUAUGAUGUUAUCACAAUGGAUGGUGAAGUGGAUAGGAAGACCGCCCGGUCUGUCAUUGGUGAAAAUGUGUCACUCCAAGGUAACUAUGACCCACGAAAUCUGGUUCCUGGAGAGGGAAAGAGUGUAGAAACUGUUCGAGCAACAGCUAGAGAACUUUUGGAAGAGCUUGGCCCACAACGGUUGAUUGCAAACUUGGGAGAAGGCCUUGGUGGCAAAGAAAGCCCAGAGCUGGUAAAGGCUUUCGUAGAUGCUGUCCAUGAGGAGAGUGCAGCAAUGAUUGCUGCCAACUAA